CAUAAGUGCUAGCUGGACGCUUCGGAAAUCUGGUGUGCUUGUUAGUCGAAAAAUAGAAACAGAAAAAUGUGCUAGUGACUUGUUAUCAGGUGGAUUUGGCUCAAAAUGUGGAUGGAAGCACUUUGUGAAAGACGAGCGGUGUCUUUUUUGAAACGAAAUUUUUUCGGUCCGAGUGGACCCCUAGGUUCCAAUCAUUCCCACACUAGACUCCAUUAUACAAAAUUCAAGGAAUUUCAAAACCAACCCAUUGUAGGCCAGGAUAUCACAGUCAAUUUGGAUACUAAUUUUUGUCGUUACUGUCAUGAGUACCGCACGAAGAAAACAACUACUACGAUAUCACGAUGUUUCUCGAUCAGAAGUUCUAUUACGUUUACCCUUCUCAUCAUUUUAUCACUCUUGACAAAUAGUUCUUACGCCAAUGCUCAAUCCACAUCUGUGACCACUGGCCUCACUCAAACACUUGAUCCAGGAAUUUCUACUUCGGCUAUUGUAAGUCGAAAAGAAAAACUGGAAUUUGUGGAGAAUCAGCCACAAGCGAGAACUAUUCCUGGCGCUCCAUAUUAUGAAUUUUUCAUCAACGAAGCAUCUUAUAAAUUCUGGGCUGUUUUUCAGCUGACAACCGUGUUCAUACUUCUGUACUCGGCUUUCGCGGCCAUCUACUACGCCAAGUACACUUUCCUGACUGAGAUCGAGACGCUCAAGGAUGAGGACAUCAUACUGCGGCGUCGGCGACAGUUGCGCUCCAACACAGCCAUGCAAAUAAUAGCUGCCACCACAUCUCUGCCGCCUCCUCUCCUGCCGCCUCCUCACAGACGCUCACCAGGUCGAGGUCGCCACUAAAUUAAUGCUGUGUUGUUCAUUUAAUAUCGAGGAAAUUAAGUAUACAUUUAGAAAACUGGGAAAAUUGGUUUCUCUAGACAUUAUAAAAUAUAUUUGAAUAAACAGAAGAAAUGAUGAUUUUGAUGGUAUAAUGUGUAAUUUUGAUGAGUUCCAUAAUGUAUUGUGAUAACAGGCAGUUGUGUUGUACUUAUUCAGUGCUAUGUGCUAUGUUUCUCAGAAAUCUAAAGUUUGAACAGGCGCCUGCUUCCAAAGCUGGCGCUUUACAUCUAAAAUAUAUAAUCAGGAUCAGCAUUAUCUUUCAACUGAUUCUUUUAUUUAUUGAAAUGCUCAAUUUAUUAAUUUGAACAAAUUAAUAUUUUUUGUUGAUUGAUUGAUGAGAUACGCUACUAUAGAACUGUGAAACCUAGAAAUUGAUUGCUAGAUACAGUAAACCUACACAAAAAGAAUUAAAUAGAUCGUUUUAUUCAAUUCGUGAACUAUGAUAGAUAGAUAAAUCUAUUAUAGAUGGAUUGAUCAAUAAAAAAACUUUUAACUUUGUAUUUAUAGAGUCACAUUUUUAUACAAGGAAUA